ACUAAUUGUAAUAAUGCUAAUAAUAAGUCCAAGAAGCCCUUUCUUUAUUUGUUUAAUUGCAAUUUAAAUCAAUUAUAUAGUAGUUACCUACGUGAUGUAAGAAUUCACAUAGUACGUGUAAACUAGUCACUAUUCAAUUAUCCAAUAAUCUUUAUUAAGAUGGCAGUUGACUCGAAAUACGCUCAUUUAAGUGGAAUUGCUUACGAUCAACCUGAUGUCUAUGAGACUUUUGAAUUGCCAGAAGAUGAUCAACAACUUGAUUAUGCAGAAGAGGACAACGAAGAUAUUGAACGUGUCAAAUUAGCUCCAACUGAAGCUUACAAACACUUCAAAGAUAAAGUUGUCAAUUCAGAAAAUAUAGACUUUUCUGAUAAAUUAGGUAGAUCUCUAAAAACUGGGUACAAUUCAAACCAACUUUGGGAAUUAGCUGCACAAGGAGAAAAAGAAACUCCAUUACAAAAGUAUUAUAGAUUGAAGUUGGAAACUGAAGAAUUGGUUCAAGAAAUAAAUUCUUUACAGGAAAAUAAAAAUGAUCUUGACGAGCAAUCAUGUACUAACAUAGGAUCUCAAGUACAAGAUGUAAUGCUGAAAUUGUCUACAUUAAAUAUAGAAAAGUCUUUUGGUCAACAAUUGGGCAAAUUAGGAACAUCUGAAAUCGAUAAUUUACAAAAGUAUGUAGAAACUAUUACUGAAUUGUUAAAUAAGAGACCAGGAAGCAGUGAUAAAUCACAAGUAACUACAGAAAAUGUUUCUGAAGCAUUAAAUUUCCAAGCACUAAUAAGACCUAACAGAGCACAACUUGAUCAAGUUUCUCAAAUUUCUCGAUUGGAAGAACGUUUGCGCAAAUUGGAAGCGACAAUUGGAACUGGUGCUUUAACACUAAAACGUUUAGGCGUUUGCGAGAGUGGUGGUUUGAUUGAGGCUGUUCGAUUAUUAUUAGGGCAGUUAUCUGUUCUUAACUCAACUCAAUUGGAUGCAGUAGAUACUAGAGUCUCUAAUUUGCUACCUAAACUUGAACAAACAGUAGCAAAACUAGAUUCUCAAGAUCCUGAAAAAGAUAAAAAAAUUAAUGAACUUUAUGAAAUAAUUUUAAAAGCAACUCAAGAAUCACAUUUAUUACCAGAAGUUUUACAAAGAAUGGUAGCAUUAGAAUCACUGCACCAAAAAGUUGGAAAAUUAGUUAUGACAAUUAGCAACUUGAGUGCUCAGCAUACAGAAAAUGCUCAAAAUAUUGAAAAAAACGAAGAAUUUCUUAAAACUAUAGAAUCUCACAUUAAUCAAAACAUGGUUAAAAUGAAUUCUAAUUUGAAAUCUUUAUGUACACGAGUGGAAGCUGUGGCAGAAAAAAUGAAAGAAUCUGAAGCUUAAACAUAAAACUAAAUUUAGUUAAAUAUUUUCUUAACAAAGUAUUUAUCAGAAUAUAAAUUUUAUAAAUUUGUAUAAUAAUCAUUUAAUUUUUAAAAAUAAAACUUAACAUGUACAAAUUUAUAUGCUUUUUAAAAUUGUCAACUUGCUUAAUAUUAGAAACCAUAAAAUUAUUCUUAAUAAUACAACGCCUAAAACAAAUCAUUUAUUUCAUAGCUGUUAUUUUAUAUUGAUAUUUAAGAUUUUUUUUUUUUAAUUAAUCAAUUACCUAUUUAAAAAUAAUAUAUUUUUUUUAUAUACCAUAUAAUCAUCAUUAUAUCUGAUGUAGUAUUUUUUUCAUAUUUGAUUAUUAUUGUAAAAAUGUUUAAAUGUGAUCAACGAAAAUCAGUUAUAACUGUUGUAAGCAUGGAAAUAGUAGGUAUUACAAAUACUUAGUAAAGACUGGUCUUGAGUGAGCUGAAUGAAUUACUUUAACGCUUUUUUUAUGUAUUUUUACUAAAAAUUAAUAUAGAUGUAAAAAUAUGUACUAAGAAUUAA